AACAGUAGACGGAAGUGCAUCGCAACACACACACACACACAAACGCACAGCUUUACAGAAAAGGAAACACCAGCUUGAGCGGCCGCUGCUGCUGCUUCUGCUGCAAACUGCAAAGCAGAGAACACAAUCGAAAGAAAAAAAAAAAAAACUUUACAAACAUCCCUCAUGUAAAAUUUUUUUUAAAAAAACCCACCCAACCGGCGUCACAGCUAUGAUCCACCAACGCACCUGCGGGGAUUCCGCAGCAAAAUCACUAGGCGCAGAUACCAGCGAUCAGACAGAAUCUGAAGCCGCUGGGACUGCGGCGAGAGCUGCCGCUGUGAGCGCUGAGCGGUUCGGCAGCACUAGUACGAGUAGUCGUAGCGGUAGCAGUACCGGUACCCGUGAGAAAGUUGGGUUCAAGUCCGCGAUAGACAGGGAAGUAACAGGAGUGAGUGUCGUGCAACUCAGAUCGUUAUUCGAGCCCAGCAGUGUGGCUCAAGCACAUCACCUCCACCGUCAUCACCAUCGACCCCCAGCCGGGAAACAAAUGCCCAAAGAGCGGCGGAGAUCAUCCAGGGAGGUCGCCCACCAUUCCAACGGUGACGGUGUCGUGGGCGCGGGUGUCCGUAACGGGGAGCGUAAAAGCAGCCGCAGCAGAAUGAGUGACAGCGGGACUGGCGCUAACGCCAACAGAGCCCCCUCCGAGGGCGAAGUCGGUGAGGGCAAGGCUCCCAACUGCUUGCGGACCCCACGGGUCCCGCAGCUUACCAUAACCCCCAGCGGCGGGGGCAGCCCCCGGGAGAUGGGCGAGGACUGGAACCAAGUGGAUGGACCGCUGAGCAGAAGGCUGUCCAACUCCUCGCUCCCCUCAAACGGGUCGACUGUUUGUGAGGAGUCCGAAGAUGAUAUUCUGAGUGACAACGAAACCAAGAGUCAAGGCAUCGUUACCUUGGAGCAGGCAGAGGACACACCUAUUGUAGUGCUGUGCUGGUAGACAGCGUGCAGCCGCGCACAGUUCGUUUCGAGUUGAGAAAUCAGGGCACAGAGACAGCACGCCGUGCUAGACUGGAACGGAUCAGCUUCUCGCACACAGCCAGUGGAGAGGACAGGGCUACAGUAUGCUGCUGUGUUCUGCAGUCGGUGGGAAAACAUGUACAAGCGGCAACCGAAAUACCUGCAAACCAGUCCAGCCAGGCUGCAUUCCAAGACUGGGUAAUUGCGUUGCCUCACCCCCUCAGAACUGAAAAUACAGGAAGAAAACAGAGGCACCUCUCAUUUUUAACACAAUGGCUCCUAUCACUUUCUCGAAAGGUACAAUAACAUACACACAUUUCUCUUUCUUCCAUGUUAAAACACUGGAAGCUGCAGUCUCUUGGGGGUUUCUUAUUGGAAGUAGAAUUUGUGCUGUUUUUACACUAUGUAAUACAAUUUUUGUUCCUGGGUAGUAAGUGUUAUUUCCUAAUUGCU